AAAGAGGUCAUUGCACAAGAAAGAGGCUAUAAAAAGGAGGCAAAUUGGCAACAAAUUGAAGUACCAACUCUCAAAUAUUUCCCUUCCCUACAAAAACAAUAUUAUUGCCAAUGUUCCCACUGCUCUUAUUAUUCCUAGCUACACUUGUAGCAACAUCCCAGGCCCAGGGUGAUCAUAUCGCUCAUCAGAUUCACCUUCUCCGGCCGCAAUCCGGCGCCAGAAAAGACGAUGUGCCGAGCUUGUCAUGCGUGAGCUGGCGCCUUGCCGUGGAAACUAACAACAUGGUCGGAUGGAAAACAGUUCCAAAAGAGUGUGAAAACUACGUGGGGCAUUACAUGUUAGGUGACCAAUACAGGAAAGAUUCGGCCGUCGUUACUAAUGAAGCUUACCUCUACGCUAAAAGCCUGAAACUCGGCGGCAAGGGCAAGGACGUUUGGAUCUUUGACAUAGAUGAAACAUCACUCUCUAAUUUGCCUUAUUAUGCUAAGCAUGGAUUCGGGGUGGAGCAAUUUAACCAUACAUCGUCGAAUGAAUGGGUGAACACAGUGAAAGCACCAGCACUACCAGAGAGUUUGAAGCUGUACAAAAAGCUUUUAUCACUUGGGAUUAAGGUUGUCUUUCUCACUGGAAGACCAAAUGACCAAAGAACAGUCACAACAACAAAUUUAAAGAAUGCUGGAUACCACUCUUGGGAGAAACUCAUCCUCAAGGGAUCAUCUUAUUCAGGAAAAACAGCAGUUGUGUACAAAUCGACUGAAAGAAGAAAGCUUGAGAGGAAUGGAUAUAGGGUGGUCGGAAACAUUGGAGAUCAAUGGAGCGAUCUCCUCGGCGGCCACUCUGGCAACCGGAUGUUCAAGCUGCCUGAUCCACUGUACUACAUCAGCUAAUUAAAAUGCAGUUAUAUGCAAGAGCAAUUUGUGGUUCCAAAUUUGACUCUGCCAUCAAUCAAAUAAAUUUAUUCAGGCACAAUCAGUGGACAAGAAGAAAGAUUGAGAUUUCAGAGUUCAUUAAUUUGAAUGUUUCAAUAAUAUCGGAAGUACUUUUAUUCCAUUCAUUUCUUAUAACACAAAUUCUCUUGCUGUUAGUCUUCAGUUCACCGUUAAAAAUUUAU